CCCCAGCCUGCCGCCGCUGUGGGCGAAGCUGGGAGGGGACUCGCCGGGGGCGGGCGCCCCACCUCCUGCGCACUCUCCGCCGGCGUGACUUGCGGCUGCCCGUUGUCAUGCCCCGUUUGCCGCCCGGACCCUCGACUUCGUGCGUCCGAGUCCGCGACCCGGCCCGGAAGUGGGCUAGCGUCCCCGGGUUCCCGAUUCAGGGUGUCGAACGUCGGCACCGUGGCGGCCACUGCAUCUCAUCCCACCUCGGCGGCCCUAGGCGCCGUGGUGUCAGCAGCCCCCGAACCAAUGACGGGCCAGGGCCAGUCGGCGCCUGGGUCGUCGGGGUGGAGCGCGAUCUUCCGCCACGUCCGGUACGAGAACCUGGUGGCGGGUGUGAGCGGCGGGGUCCUGUCCAACCUCGCGCUGCACCCGCUGGACCUAGUGAAGAUACGCUUUGCCGUGAGUGAUGGAUUGGAACUAAGACCAAAAUAUAAAGGAAUUCUGCAUUGCUUGACUACCAUUUGGAAACUUGAUGGACUACGGGGACUUUACCAAGGAGUAACCCCAAAUGUGUGGGGUGCUGGUUUAUCCUGGGGACUCUACUUUUUCUUUUACAAUGCCAUCAAGUCAUAUAAGACAGAAGGAAGAGCUGAGCGGUUAGAGGCAACAGAAUACCUCGUCUCAGCUGCUGAAGCUGGAGCCAUGACUCUCUGCAUUACAAACCCAUUAUGGGUAACAAAAACUCGCCUUAUGUUACAGUACGAUGUUAACUCCCCACAGCGGCAAUAUAAAGGAAUGUUUGAUGCACUUCUGAAAAUAUAUAAGUAUGAAGGUGUGCGUGGAUUGUAUAAGGGGUUUGUUCCUGGGCUGUUUGGAACAUCACAUGGUGCUCUUCAGUUUAUGGCAUAUGAAUUAUUGAAGUUGAAAUACAACCAGCAUAUCAAUAGAUUACCAGAAGCCCAGUUGAGCACAGCAGAAUAUAUAUCUGUUGCCGCACUAUCCAAAAUAUUUGCUGUAGCAGCAACGUACCCAUAUCAAGUUGUGAGAGCUCGACUUCAGGAUCAGCACAUGUCCUACAAGGGUGUGUCGGAUGUAAUCACAAGGACAUGGAGGAAAGAAGGCAUCGGUGGAUUUUAUAAAGGAAUUGCUCCCAAUUUGAUUAGAGUGACUCCAGCCUGCUGUAUUACUUUUGUGGUAUAUGAAAAUGUGUCUCAUUUUUUAUUUAACCUUAGAGAAGAGAAAAAGUAAGCUAAAAGAAGAUAAGUCCAGUACAUCUGCCCAAGGCAGCAACAUGCAUUUUUCAUGUUUGAAAUGUCAAACUCAGAAGAAUAUUAUGCAGCAACAUGGCUCAUAAUCAAAACUGGUCUAUAAUCAUUAGAAGUCAAAAAACUGCUAAGUCUUCACAAUGUUUUUUCUGCUUUUUGCCUUCCCCGUGUAUAGAGGACUUGGCUACCUCUGCCUGAACUAGCUGCCAUGAACACAACAGUAAAACUGAUAUCAAGUGGAGAGUUUCACAAAUUUCUCUAUUACCUUGUUCAAGUAGAAGCUGAUUUGCAGCAUUUGCUAAAUGGAUUAGAUGAAUGUGCUUCUUUUUCUGAACUCAUUUGCUUGAUUUCACUUUAAAAUUGACCUCUGCAAUAGCAAGAAAAUGGCUUCUUAUAAGAAUGUCAUCACUGUUUCAUGGGUAAAUUAGACUUUAAAGAUUUGUUGGAAAUAAUGUUGCCCAAGUCCUGACCAUUUUACAAUUGGGAAAAUUUGGUGAGGAAAAAAAUGUAGCCCUAGCCAAUUUGGCUCAGUGGUAGAGCGUUGGCCCAUGGACUUAUGAGUCAAGGGUUCAAUU